GUAUUUUCUCAAACUAAUGACAUUUCCGUCAGGCAAGGAAAUUCACUUUUCCUAUAACAAUUAUGGCCCCUAUUUGGACGCCUUCAGGAUUUCGGGGCUGUCCUCCGCUCCCUUAGGCCACUGUAGAACAAAACAUUUCAGUAGAGUAAAAAUCGGAGAUAUCGACUUCCAUGAGAGUAGAUUCAUACCUAGCAUGAUGAAUUGUUUUCGCUGAAGAACGCUUUAAUGACUUUUACAUCUGCCGACCUGCUGGUUCGUUGUACAGUGAGAGGGUCAUUACCUUUUUUACUGACCUACUUGCACUUUCUAAUAAGCCAAAGGGUUUUUCACAGCAGACAUUUUGACUCGCCAUAGUAGCAAACGAACCGGCGUUACUAAUGACAUUAAAAAUGGCUCCCUUGUAUUCUCUGCAGAGAAAGAAAAGAGGAAGACUUGACAAUAAUAUUGACAUGUAACUGACCGAGAGGCACCUUGAUCUAAUGCUGUGGGUGGAGAGCUGAAAGGUGUUUCUCCGUCAUGGAGGCUGUAGUCAAUUUCCUACAUGUUUUCCACAUUGAGGCCAGUAGAUUGUCUGUGACACUAAGCCUCUUCGUCAUCUUUCUAGGUCUUCUCUACUGGUAUUCAAUUUACCCAUUUUCAGUCCUUUCUCGAUGUGGCAUCAAACAUCCAAAGCCAGUACCUUUCUUUGGCAACAUAUUCAUGUUUCGCCAGGGUUUUCUCAACCCGAUCAAUGAUCUCAUAAGGACACAUGGCAGAGUUUGUGGGUACUAUUUGGGGCGCAGACCGGUGGUUGUGGUAGCAGACCCUGACAUGCUCAGACAAGUGAUGGUCAGAGACUUCAGCAGUUUCCCAAACAGAAUGACUGUUCGUUUUGCAACCAAGCCAAUGACUGACUGUCUGCUCUUGUUGAGGAAUGAACAGUGGAAGAGAGUGCGGAGCAUCCUGACCCCAUCCUUCAGUGCUGCCAAAAUGAAAGAGAUGGUUCCACUCAUCAACACAGCCACUGAUGCCCUGAUGAACAACUUAAAUGUGUACGCUGAGUCAGGAGAGGCCUUUGACAUCCACAGAUGUUUUGGCUGUUUCACCAUGGAUGUUAUUGCCAGUGUGGCAUUUGCAACUCAGGUGGACUCUCAGAACAACCCAGAUAACCCGUUUGUCCGCCACGCUCAGAUGUUCUUCUCCUUUUCUUUCUUCAGGCCAAUCCUGCUGUUUUUCAUUGCUUUUCCUUUGAUCACUGCUCCUCUGGCGGGACUCAUCCCCAACAAGAGACGAGACCAGAUGAACCAGUUCUUUAUCAACAGCAUUCAGAAGAUCAUCAAGCAGAGAGAGGAGCAGCCUCCUGAACAGAGGCGUCGAGACUUCCUUCAGCUGAUGUUGGAUGCUCGAACCAGCAAAGACGUUGUGUCUUUGGAACACUUUGAUACAACAAACCAUGCUGAAGAGCACGAUCAGAGGAACCAACUGACGCAGCCAUCGGCCUUAGAUCAGGACAACCGUCUUCACCCAAAGGAGCCACACACCAGGCGUCCUCAGAAAAAGAUGAUGACUGAGGAUGAGAUUGUGGGUCAGGCAUUUGUCUUCCUCCUUGCAGGCUACGAAACCAGCAGCAACACACUGGGGUUCACCUGCUACCUCCUGGCCCUCCACCCCGAAUGUCAACGCAAAGUAGAGGAAGAGGUGGAUGAGUUCUUUACUAGAUAUGUGUCGCCAGAUUACACAAAUGUUCAGGAGCUGAAGUAUUUGGACAUGGUUAUAUGCGAAGCAUUGCGACUGUACCCUCCUGGAUUCAGGUUUGCACGAGAUAUCGACCAUGACUGUGUGGUCAAAGGCCAGUUCCUCCCUAAAGGAGCGACGCUGGAGAUCCCGGCUGGCUUCCUCCAUAACGACCCAGAGCACUGGCCAGAGCCCGAGAGGUUCAUCCCUGAGAGAUUCACACCAGAGGCCAAGGCCAAUCGACACCCAUUUGUAUACCUGCCGUUUGGUGCCGGUCCCCGUAACUGUGUGGGAAUGAGGCUCGCUCAGUUGGAGAUUAAAAUGGCUUUAGUUCGUCUGUUUCACAAGUACAGCAUUGUGGCCUGCUCUGAGACAAAGGUUCCUCUUGAGUUGAAGUCAUCAAGCACUUUAGGACCUAAAAAUGGCAUAUUUGUGAAAAUCACAAGAAGAAACACGGGAGAAGGUCAAUGUAAUUCUGCACCAGAUGAUUAGAAACACAUUGUUCAUCUUCCUGAAUAGGUGAAAAAUUCUGUGAAAAGUAACGGACCAUGCUGUAGGUCAGUGUUGUCACAAUGACACACACUGUCAGUGUCUCAGGUUCACCUCUAAGUCUGUGAGCAGUUUUCUGGAUCUGUAAUUCCCCUUACAUCAAAAAUAUUUCCUUAGAUGAAGUUACGGUGCCGCGCAUACCUCCAUUAUUUUGCUCACCUAGUGCCGUUUUUCUUGAGGACGGAGCUGGAAAGUGGACAGAGGAUGAGUAUUGCUAUGCUGUAUUGCCAUGAGCACAAAAGUGUGGUUGGUCCAGCCAGGCACCGUGGAGGACACAGUUGAAGUCCCUCUGGACUCCCUACUGAUGGCUUCAUCAUUUAUUAUGGUGAUGAAAAAAUAAAGGAGAGAGCAAAGGAAUUGAAUUGUGUUCUACUGAAAGAGCAACUCUUAGCCUCUUACUCCAAUGUAUAACAAUACUGAAUAUUUUGCAGCUGUGACUUUGAAUAGGCAGUCAUCAAAAAAAGUACUGUCAUAAAUAGUUAUUUAGGUAAAACCAUUCGUCUGAACAAUAGUUUUCACCAUGAGCAGGUGACAACAGGUUUACAGUGUAGCAUUAGGGUUUGUUUUUUUUGUUUUUUUUUUUUAAAUCAAGUGCAUUUAAGAGUAUAACUUACAUAUUCCUGCAGUUUGGUUUGUUGAAAAAUGUUGCUUGCAGGGAGCAGUUCAAACUUGUUUCUUGAUAUAAAAAUAAAUUUGUAAAUCUUUAAAUUUA